AUGAGCAAUCCGGAUGAUGUAGAAAUUCAUACGGAAGAGAACCAUUCAGACUGGAGGUCUCAAUGUGGCAAAGAGAUGCGUGAACUGAUGGAGAAGAAGUUCAGCUGGUCACAUGAUGAUAAGAAGCAGUCAACUGGAAGCAUGAUGUUAGUGAUGCCACAAUUUUCAACCGUGUUCUAUAAAUUGUACAAGGCUGUUUGUGAUCGGGAAAAAGAUGCAGAUGGCUUUGUUUCACUCUUGAAGUCAGAAUGUACAGUGAAUAAAGUUGAUUUGGCCACCCUUUUUAAUAAUGUCACUCCCACUGGUGAUUCGUUGCUUCAUGUUGCAGCUGAGUUUGGUAGAGAAGAAGUUGUGGAGCUGAUUGCUUCUCACUAUCCCAAUCUUCUGAGUAAGGGAAAUAAGAAAGGUGAUACUCCACUUCAUGUUGCUUCGCGAGCAAAGAAUAUUGAAGCGAUCAAUGCUAUUCUCCUGGUUAUAUCAAAGAAGGCCGAAUUGAUAGAUAAAGCCGAAUUUCUAAUGUUGAGAAAUAAUUAUCAGAGGACAGCUUUGCACGAAGCUGUUUUGAGCGAGCAUUCAGAUGGGGUGGUUCUGCUUUUAAAUGCGCAUAGGAGAAGUGUUUUGGCUGCCUAUUGGACUUGGAACAAGAAUUAUGGAUGCAAAUCACCAAUGUAUUUGGCCGUCACGACAAAGAAUAUGGUGAUUCUUGCUUGUCUCCUAGAGAAAAUUGCAAUUCCUUCAGAUCACCAGGCCAUUUCAAGCGGAGACUCUCCGCUUCAUGCCGCGAUAUUAGAACGAAAUACUGGUCAGUACAUGUAUCUAUAUUUACUCAUAAAUUAUAACAUGCUUGAUGCUUUUGAUCAGUUUGAUUUUCUUGCACCUAAUAUGUGUUUGUUUUUGGGUGAAGAACUAUUGAAAUACAUAGUGAGGGAAGGACCAAAAGAGCUCAUGUAUCAAAAAGAUGAAAGACAAAACACUCCCUUUCAUUAUGCAACAUACGCUGGUUUCUUGGGAGGUGUUCAUAUCAUGUCAAAAUAUUCUUCUCCCUUUUUUGCUUUUCAGCAAAACUUAGACGGCAAUCUUCCGAUCCACCCGCCUGCGAAAAGGGCCAUGUUCAAGUGGUAA